AUGGCUUCUUCCAACGAAACGACGCCGAUUCUUUCCACCAACUCUCGGCCACCAACGCUCACUCAACUCCUCGCUACUUGUGCUCCAUCCAGCCGGUUUCUCCCGCCACCGGACCACGGUAGAGCGUGUCACUCAACUGCCUCGCGCGUUCAAGCCGAUGCUGGGACGACCGCCUACGAUUGCGUCGCCCGGCUGGGAGGAUUGAAAUGGGGCACACCCGCGUCACCUGGCGUCAGGGUUCUAACUUCUCAGCUCUUUCUUCGAUAUACUCGAGCAACACCCCUCAUUGCUGGACCUGUUCCGCGAGGAGCUAGACGCCAUCAGCAAUGCUCCUCGCAGCGAGAUGCCUCGAAAGGGCGAACGCAACGUCGAGAUUUCGUUUAUAGACCUCUUCGCUAGCGGUCUACGAUCUGCAACGGCGGCGCUGCUCAACCAUCAUGCCGCGAUCACCGAGGCCGUCGGAGCUUCUUCCGCUUCCGCAUCGACCUCCGCGGCGAGACCCAGGUACUCGGUUCGGUGGGACCAACCUGAAAGUGCUCUCCGCACGCAGGGCGAUGCUGUCGUCUACAUUCAACGUGGGGCUGGCAACGUCGUUUCAAGUAUCUCGAUUGGAUACAAGCGGGACAACGUACAUCAUAGCUUGACCAAGGUACGCCAGGACGGCGCCCUCUCGCAUAUUCCCAUACUCGACCACGGGGCCCCAGUGCCACUUCAGAAUCUAGAGGAAGAAAAGUCGAAGGGUGCAGAUGCUGUGGCGACCAAGGUGAGGCAUGCAUCUUGCAGGCUUGGACAUACGCUUUCUCGAUCCGGCCUCGAAUAAUGGGGCUCUGUGUUUACUCAUUUCUCAUUUUUCAUGCUCGUCAAGGCCGUCAUCCAGUGCGUCUCCAGCGAUAGUUGAUUCUUCUUGUUGGUGUCGGUUCCGUUCUUCCAGAUCGGUGAACUGGGUACGCCGCAACUUUGAACCCACCGACCUCUGUCGAAACCUUCCGGGCCCCACUGAUGCAUGCGAUCAUGCGGCCUUGGUUUGGCCAUUCGCCGCUCACCCACAGUCCAGCACCAGUCGACGCACGCUGCCACGGCAAGGGAUCCCGUAGCGUCGACCUCAGCCUCGUCGGCCUCAAUCUCGGCUGCGACCGCUUACUCUCCGGCACCUUCCCCCAAGGCUAGUUACAGCUUGAUUCUACAAGAGCUCGCACGAUGAGUAGAGCCCUCUCCGACGACCUUGAACCCAGAAGCUGCCGAAAGACUUGGCACCGAUCUUCCACGACGGUCACUCAUCGUGUCCUUCAUCGCCCUGGCUUUCACAGCCGUAAUCGAAGUCCCCAAGCCGGACCAAGCCGUCGUCGAUAAACUGCUCGAUGCCCGGCGCCAACCUCCGAAUCGGCCUCGAACUCGCUCCAAGCCGGACUCGGACUCGGACCGUGACGAUGAUCCCUCCCCGCGGGUCCAAAAAGCCCAGAAGACUUCGGCUGAAGCCACCUGUCAUAGCAAAAAAAAAACCCUUGAAAUGGGACGAUCCCGGGAUCAUCCCGGGAUCGAGCCCCCGAUUUGA